AUGAAGAGUGAAAAUCAAACUGUGAGUCCAGAAUUUUACUUCCAACCAUUCACAACCAUCCCAGAGAUGAAAUGGUUGAUCUUCUGGACUUUGCUGAUUCUCUACUUGCUCAGCCUCCUUGGGAAUGCGUCCAUUGUUUUCGUCAUUUACACUGCAAGUUCUCUCCAUUGCCCAAUGUAUUUUUUCUUGGCUAACCUGGCAUUUCUGGAGAUUGCCUACUCUUGUACCAUUGCCCCCUUAACUUUGGCUCAUCUUGCUUCAGUGAGAAAGGUCGCCAUUUCUUUGGGCGGGUGUGGCACCCAGCUCUUUUUCUUUACCUUGCUGGGGGGCUCAGAUUGUGUCCUGCUGGCUAUCAUGGCUUAUGAUCGAUGCAUGGCAAUUUGCCGCCCACUAAACUACCCUCUCAUUAUGAGCUGGAGAAUGUGUGUGAAUCUUGUAGUUGGGGCAUGGGCCACGAGUGGGUUCCUUGGUUUCCAGUUGAGUCUCCUCAUACUAACCCUGCCUUUCUGUGGCAAUAUAAUCACUAAUUUUUUCUGUGAUUUUCCUGCUCUAAUGAAACUGACAUGUGGAAACAUCCAUGUCCAGCAAAAUAUCCUUUUUAUUACAAGUAUGAUUCUCUUGACUUUCCCCUUCAUAGUAAUCAGCAUGUCCUAUGCCUUUAUCACAAUGGCCAUCAUACGCAUCCCUUCUGCCUUGGGGCGUCAACGAGCUUUCUCUACUUGUUCCUCCCAUUUAAUGGUUGUCCUUAUGCAGUAUAGCUGUAGCAGUUUAAUAUACCUGUGCCCUACUUCCAGCUUCUCAGGAGUGCAAAUUCGGAUGGUGUGUGUCUUCUACACUUUCAUCACACCUGUAUUAAACCCUCUGAUCUACAGCAUGAGGAGCAAAGAGUUAAAAGAGGCAAUGAAUAAGUCCUUCAGAAGAAUAAUACUGCCUCAGAAGAAAUGA